AUGGCAGAGACCCUUAUUGAGCGUGCUUGCCAGAGGUUCUCUAAAGAACUCUCGCCCGAGGAUGACAGAGAAAUCAAGUCGACAUCCAUUAACGAUGUGCGACAGGCGAUUUGGCUCGUGGAGCGGCAGCUUGCGGCCCGACAGUGUCUUCGAAACCUCGAUCGCUUGAAACCCUAUCUCGACGGCAUUGAAAGAUACUCGAAGGCAAUCGAAAUACUAGCUAAUGCAGUUCCUUACUUGGCGUAUACCUGGGCUCCGCUCAAAGUCAUAUUGACUGUGGCCAUCGAUUCCACACAAAUCCUCGACAAGAUCUUAUCGGCCUACGCGCAAAUCGGGGCCGCGUUACCUCGUCUAUCCAUGCUAAGAGAGGCGUUCCCAGACUCUACCGGUUUCCAGCAACUAUUCGGCUUCCUCUAUGAAGACAUCAUCGAGUUUCACAGGCGCGCGUACAAGCUUAUUCGAAAGCCAGCGUGGAAAAUAUUCUUCACGUCGGCAUGGGCUCGCUUCGAGAGUCGACUCAGUGCACUGAUUGACAAUAUCAAGGCAACGAGUCAGCUUAUUGACCAGGAAGCAAGCGCCAUCGACAUAUUACAAGCUGCAGAAUCACGGCGAAAGUCAGCGGAUGAUGCCCUCGCGAGAGAGAAACGGUGGGAAUCGGAACAGUUGCAGGCGGUGAAAAUCUGGCUUGAGGCUGGAGAGGAAGACCAAGAGUUAAAGCUUGAAUGGCUCAAGGGCCAGUCUUGUCCUGGGACGACACACUGGAUUGCGAAGAACCCCAAAUUCAGGUCCUGGAUGCAGCGAGGUCGUGGAAAUCCUGUAAUGUGGCUCUACGGGAAACCUGGUUCUGGAAAGUCGGUCAUGAGCUCCAAAGUCAUUUCCUUUAUUCAGUCCACGCCCAAGCAAUAUGCACUCUUCUUCUACUGCGACUACAAUACUCCGGCCUAUGGCAUCUCGGCGUAUAUAUGCCGCGUCUUCUGCACGCAGUUACUGAAACUCGUUCCAGAGCUCGUCCCAUUUUUCUAUGAUGAAUAUCUCAGCAAAGGCCGAUCGCCGUCGGCGGAAGUCUUGAAGCCCGCUCUCGCUACCGUUUUGAAAAGCAUCGAGUUUGUCAGGUUAAUAGUUGACGGUCUUGAUGAGCUUCCAUCAAGUGAACACAAAAAACUCAUCGCCGAGCUCAUCGACCUUGCGACCUCGGCCGGUGAUACGUGCAAGCUCUUAGUUUGUAGUCAGGACUUGCCUACUAUUAGGCCGUCUCUCUCGAAGAGAUUGGUCCUCUUCCUUGGUGACGAGCGGGACUCAAUCCGGAAAGACAUUGACAUGAUCAUCGAGAAAGGCCUUGCUGAUAUUCGUGACGGCAUGGGCGGCGAACUAUCGACGGAAUUGAUGACAUACAUGCGCAGUCGAAUCGCAAGUAAGGCUGAGGGCAUGUUUCUCUGGGUAAGGCUAGUCCUUUCACUCCUCGAGUCCUCCUCUAGUCCACAUGAACUGAGAUCAACCAUCGACUCUCUUCCUAAUGACCUUGAGAAAAUGUUCUUGCUUGACCCGUCCAGCGGUCCGUUCACGACGAAGCUGUUGGCUCAUCGGACUAUUGCCUACUCUUGCAUCUCGCACUUGAUUCAAGCGCUCGACUUCGCCACCAACAUGCCGCCCAAUGAAUUAACCGUCCGAGCUUCGUGCCUAGCUCUAGCUCACCUAGAACUAUGCCAUCCGAAGGUGCAGGAUUUCUUCAGCUCUGUCGACCACCAGACCGCGCAAGGCACGGAUGUCCGUAUUUGGAAGCUUCACUCGCUGCCUUUAGUCCAAGUCUUGGUUGUUCGCAUACUUGCUUUUAGGAAGCAACUGCGCACGCAUCAAGAUUCCAGAGAUGUUGAAAUGGCCCAACCGCUAGAUCCUACACUCUUUUACUCUGUCGAUCAGCGGUACAACGAAACAGUCAGAUCUCUUGUCGAAGCCGAUGCACACGAGGGUCUCACGGCAGAUGAGCUGCAUACCUUCCGAUCUAAUUACGGAAGUGCCGCAUUUUUAUGUCAUAUUCAGGGUUGCAGUAAAUCCCGAAUCGGAUAUCGGACAGCUGAUGAGCUCCGCGGGCAUCUACGCCGCUACCAUCAAAAGAUGCUAAAAUGCUACUGGGCCGGCUGUACCUACAACGACAUUGGUUUCGUUUCCGCCAAAACUCUUCGGGAUCACCUGAAUCAAUUUCACGGGGAAGGCGGAAACCGCCAAGUUCCCAGGUCACUCCGACGGAAAAGGGCAGGUCCGCAGACAGACAAGGAGCCUGCCGAUGCGAACUCCAAAGAGCAACAGCAACAGCAACAACAACAGAAGGAGAGCACCACGCCGGCAGCCCAAGUGGGGCGCCUCCCAACGCUUUCUCAACUGAUGGGCCCCCACUCCCCGGUUGAAGAGCAGCAGUGGCCACAACCCCAGACCAGCCCACCUCCGUCUGUGACGGCCCAGCAGUCGCAGGUGAGCGCCCGGAUGAUGACGAAUAACCGCGACAUGCCACAACAGAACGGUAUCGUCGCCCCAUCUGCGGGCAAGGAAACACCACCUUUGCGGGGCCAAGAGCAUCAGGCGGUCCAUGCUAUUACCGACAUCAGCAACAAGCUGGCACAAAGCACUCAUCACCUUCUGCGCAGUCCCCCUCAAACGCCGGCACAGGCACAUCAAUAUCUGAUGAACCAUGUGAUUGAGACCAUCCUCAACAGCGAUUUAGCACCAGGAGUGCGUCAGGGGCUGCGUAACCUCCCAUCCAGGGAGCGGCUGCGGAUCAUGAACCAGGCAGUCGACGGGUUUAAGGCGCGUCAGCGCAUUCGAAUGCCUAAGGCCAAUGCGGGCCGCCGGAUUACCCUCCUCCCCGACGACCAGCAUCUCCGACAAUCGGUCCUCACCAUCCUUGGUGACAUUAUCUAUGCUCGCAUAGAUCACGACCACGACCUUUCUUUUGCAUGGCAGUCCAGAUACACAAAAGCACAACGUGCAAGCAAUGCUCUCAGCGUAAUUGGGAGCGCCACCAUCGCUUUCGGCGGCGGCGAGCAGAUUUCGAGCAUCAUUAGAGAUGUCAUCGACGCCGAACGCUACUGGUUUGGCGUAUCACACUCGGAGGUAUCCAUCUUAACUCCAAUCUCAACUUUUACCAGAUCCUAA